CUCUCUGGUGUUUAUUCGUCUCCGCGGCGUCGUCAGCGCUGACGUGGAUACGACGUGCGCGGAGCCUCAGGACGUCCGCGCGCCCCGUCAUCAGUGACGACGUAAAAGUUCGGUCCUGGAGAAGACGCGUGUUCGGCCUCGAGUCACAGAAUCAACGACCUCGACUCGUUAUGGACGCUUCGGUAUCGUCUCACUUCGACGGCAGUUUAAAUGGCUCGCUGUCGGAUGAGGAGAACCAGAGUGAAACCAGUUUAUCUCCUGCAGCGCCCCAGGCGUCUGUGGCAGAGUCACCCGGCGUGACCGUCGUGCAGCUGUCUGACGGUGAGACGCUGGAGGUGCAAAGGUUGAUCCAGGCGCCUCAGACCUCGGUCAUACAGCCGCCACAGGUCCACACUGUACAGAUUGCCGAGGCAGCAGAGCUGGAGGAGAACGAGUCGGCCACAGACGCUCAGAGGAGACGAGAGGUUCUCUCCAGGCGUCCAUCCUACCGAAAAAUCCUCAAUGAGCUUUCGUCCGAUUCACCGGCAGUUCCUAAAAUCGAUGAGGAGGAGACAGAGGAGGAGGAGGAGGAGGAGGUGUCGAGCGCAGCGUCAGCCUCCAUCUACCAGACCAGCUCAGGGCAAUACAUCGCAGUAACUCAAGGGGGAGCCAUCCAGCUGAGCAGCCGGGGAGUCCAGGCCCUUCAGGGGGCUCAGAACCUGACGGUGACCGACUCAUCGCAGCCCGGAGCCACCCUCCUGCAGUGUGCAGCUCAGCCCGGGGACGCCCCUCAGCAGUUCUACAUCCAGGGUGGACAGGUGCUCCUCCAAGCUGCAACAGGAGACAUCCCCGCCUACCAGCUGCGGUCGCCGAACUCGGGCCUGGCACAGAGCAUCGUGAUGGCCGCGUCCCCGGGCACCAUGCAGAGCCCGCCGACACACCACACCGAAGAGGUCACCCGCAAGAGGGAGGUCCGGCUGAUGAAAAACAGGGAGGCGGCUCGUGAGUGCCGCAGGAAAAAGAAAGAGUACGUCAAAUGUUUGGAAAACCGCGUGGCCGUGUUGGAAAACCAAAACAAGACCCUGAUUGAAGAGCUGAAAGCACUGAAGGACAUUUACUGCCACAAAGCCGAGUAGCGGCGGCUGCUCGUGGUCACGGGCUGAAGACAGUGGCGUUUUCAAACUGCUGCAGAAAAACAAACACACGAAAAAGAAGAAAAGAAAAGACUCUGGAUCAAAAAACUGCUCCGACCGUCGUCGCUCCUCCGCUCGGGCUUCAUGGUUUCACGAAUCCAGAAGUGUCGCGGGGAAUUCAACCAGCUUGUGCUUGGCAGUUUCGCUCUCGUUCUUAAUCUUGUGCUCUUUUGCAUGUGAAGACUCAGAGUGUCGUACGCACUAGGCUUGCUGUCGCCGCCGUGCACAGGCUGAAAGCUGAAGAGGAGGAACAGGAAGAGGAGAUACAGGUGCUUCCUGAAAAUGCACAGAGAUUUCGAAGAGAAAAACCCUUUUGCAGGUCAGCCGGGUCCGCGACCCGCAACUUUCUGCAAGGGUCGGACGGAGUGCACGAAAAAAAAAGCCAGCAGCUGCAAACCAGGCAACUCGCCCAUGUUUACCACCCGAGUACGUCAUCUGUGUAUUUACGCUUCUGUUCUUGGUUGUUUCAUGCAUUCCUUUAUGCAAAAACACAUUUAGGGAGAAACGUCCUCCAGCGAUUUGUGAUUGAAGUGGAUCCCAUCGACCUGUUCCCAGUUUGUUUAAACACACUUGAUUCGUUUAGGGCUUCAAGCAAAGACAUGUUUGGCUUUUUAAUGCACAGAACUUCAAACACAUGUUUCAAGCUGAUGUCGAGGGGCAUUAAUGUGAAUCCAAAAGAGUCUGUUUCAUCACUAAAAGCACAGGAAGGACCAAAGUGUCAGUGUGGAUCUGAUUCGAAUUUGUAUUCUAUCGCAAUUUAUUUAAAGAAUUUCACUCCACACGUUUAUAUAUACAUGAAGAUAUAUAUAUAUUCUACAAAGCAAAUGUUACCGAUUAAGAAAAUACAAUCAUCAAACCUCAGUUUUGUAAGAAAAACUUCUUAAAAUUAGGAACAGUUGUGCUUUACUCUCACGCAAGCAUGAUUUUCUUUUGGGUGUUUUUUUCAAAUGAUGGAUCUCCGCUUGUGGAAUAAAAGUGUAUUUGAUUAUGGCUGGAUAUUAAAAAUACUCUGUUUAAAGGGUGACGCCAACUUCUCUUUUGUUUCCCUAACUUUUAUUUUCAUGGGAUCUCUUUCCUCUCUCGUGUUUUUUGGUGGUUUCACAAGAAGUGCUUGUUGUUGCUGAGUCGGUUCCACUGAAUCUGUUUCAGCCGCGAUAGAGAGAGAGAGAGAGAGAGCGUCUCGGCAGCAGUUGACAGAUGUUGAGCUCACUGUGUGAAUCCUCCUGUGCCGCAGCAGUUGUGAUUUUAACCAACGAGACGACCUGGCACCGGUUUGUGUUCACGGCUGAACGCUCCGUCUUCUAACUUCUACACCACACAGCAGGAGACCUUGAGACUUAGCUUGAUAUCAGUUGUUCUGUAUGUAGUUGUUUUUUUUAUUUGUUGUUGUUGUUGUUGUGCCGUUUUUCAAAUGGCUCCAUCUUUUAUCCCGGUGUACUUCCCUGUUUGAAUUGUAAAAAAAAAAAAAAAAUCAAAACUAUUUUUUCUUUGUUUGUCUAAUAAAAUGUUCAAAUGUGACGUGGAAA